UCCGCCCAAGAUUUGUAAAAGUUUAUGUCACGUGACCAAAGAUGGCGAACUCGCUGAAAUCAGUGUGGAAUGUAUAAUCAUGUCAAAAGAAUAAUGCUGAAUGGCAUUUGAUAAGAAUUCAAGUCCCGUCUAUGGAGGCGGGCAGAUUCGGGUGAAUCUACCCCAGGGAUUGCCCAUGGACUGCCCCCUGUAUCUGGUUUUUGAGGGGCCAUACCAACGACACAUCACAACAGGGAUCAGGUGUGGAGACACCUGCUGGGCUGUCAUCCCAGCCCAUGGUGAAGCAGAGAGAGUCCAGGUGACCCUGUUCAGUUACUAUAACAACGACAUCUGCGCCCUGGUGACGUCACCCUUCGUUUUUGACCAUAACCCGACCUACUUUCUGGCCUGUUUUCUGGUGGAGAGCGUCUACAACGUCGCAUCGCUGGAGGACCUUGAACUCAUCAAGUCAGACAGGUUUGACCUUGGAGAAGAGGACCUCGAUACGUUGGACCAGCGGCUGUACCUAGCCCUCAGAUACCUGGAGAUACCUGAGUGGUGGCAUUUGCUUGGCCCUAACUCUCCCGCAGUUUCAGCAGAGCACAUACCAAGAGAGAGCCUUUUACAUUUUGUGGCACGCCUAGGACUUUACAAGGUUGCUCUCUUUCUAUUGGAUAAAAACGGGGCACAAGAAGCGCUGAGUCUUCCCAAUCGCCAUGGAUACCUGCCAAAAGAUAUUGCUGCUGAGAAGGGGCACACAAAUCUAGCAGCCCUCUUGACAGAGUACAGCAGUCACUCUGUGAGACUCUGCACGGACACUGUGGCAACCGACUUUGGAAUUAUUUGUCAGCUGGAGAAUGGUCAGAAGUCCAUGAGCACUAUAACUCGUCGGCCUGUUGAGGAGGACAUCUACAUUUAUCAUGAGAUGAUCUGUCAAGAAGGGGAGGUAGAUGAACUCGUCCAGCAUCAGUGUCAGACGGAGUGGCCGACGGAAGGGGCCGAGAACGAAGAGGAGACCACAUCUAUGUAUGAUGGAGAGACAGACAGUGAGAACAAGUUACAGGCCAUCAUAGACAAGACCAGAAGUCUGCAGGACGCCAUCAAAAAUGUCACCACCGACGACCUCAACAUAUCCGAGGACGACCUUGAAUCACCUGGACACUCCGCCGAGGAUUUAUCCGAUGUGAUGUCGGAUAAAGAUGGAAAUCCAGAACAUGUAGAUACUAUGGAUCAAGAUGUCUAUGAGAGAACCAUAACUGCUGUUCAAGGACUUAACGAAGAUUUAUUUAAUCUACGGGAUAUCCAUCGCAACAAACUACUGACACAGGAUCUAUUAGCCAGGCACAGUAACUCCUGUCCUUCGUUGGAAAACGAAGGUCGAUUUUCACCACUGCCGGUCGUUCAACAAACUGAGCGACACAACUCCAUGCUGAAUUUGGCCAAGGAUGACGUGGAACCCAAUGAUUCCCAAUACACCUCACAAAUCCCCCUGGAUUCCAAUGACACAGCUAAUGUACAGCAACAUACAAAUAAUGUGCAGUGUGAUGUAAAGAUUUAUGUGAAUGGUCGGACAGUUGAUCGGACGGACGGUCAGGACGACCAUCUAGACUCCAGCCUCAACAACUUCCUGAAGGACUACUAUGGAGGCAACACCCCUGGGGUGAGGCGGAGAAGCUGGGGGCCCAAUCUGAUGACCCAGAAUGCAAUAGGUCACAGAAUCGGCAAAAAUAUAAACCCUGUAUUAUCUGGUAAAAGCUGUAGCUUGAACAGUUUGGAUGGUAAUGACUCGGACAAUGAGAUGUCCAAUGAUGACGCAGAGGCUGAGCAAACCCCGGCUUCCCCCACUGACGGGUCACAUGAUCAAGUGGUCCCCCCUGUAGCCAUGGAGGGAAUCGUGGUGACCCCACCCACCUCCUCCCACACACAAAAAUAUAAUCAGAAAGUUGAUGAGGCCCACAUAGCUAACCAGGGUCAAACUUUGACCAAAACACUUCAUAGCAACAAUAAAGAACUCAUUACCCCCAGACAACCCAUGAAAUCCCUGUCCCAGGACGGAGAGACGACGAUGUCGGGUCAGAGCGGUGACUCGACUGAUGAUGACCUGACCUCUAACCUUAAUGUUCCACAUUCCACGAUGACUAAGUCUCUGUCAACACCCUCCAUCCCUGCAGCAGUUUCACCCAAUUGGUGGAGUAGGGUUCUUGAUGCAGGGAGGCAUAUCUUUGACUUUGAAGACCCAGAACCAACUGAGAAAAAGUCAUUUCAGAAGGAAUCUAAGCAAUCUAAUACCCCCUCAUAUCUAAUCAUUCAAAAACUGAUAGAGGAACACGAUGCACAAUUCCGACGGCAAGAGGAGGUCCAGGAAGACGAUGACGAGAAAACAAACCGAUUACUGGGACGUACCGGCACUAAAUCCCGCCGCAAGUCUGAAUUGUCACUGCUAGACUUCCUCUCUGAAUCUGCCAACUACUCAACAGAGGAACAGGCAAAGAUCGCAAAGAAAGAGAAAGAAGAGAAGGACAAGAAACGUAAAAGCAGUGUCUUCUCUUGGCUGGGCAGCAGUUACAGAACAAAGAAGAAUCACAUGGAUCAACUUCUGCUGUGGGUUCACAAGGAAAAGGAAAACAAAGGUCGUCAUGGACACCACUUUGUGGCGGUCAGUGUCAGUAAUUCCACUUCCUGUGAUGUCUGCUCCAAGUCCAUGGCCAACAAGUCGGCCCUCAGAUGUGAAAAUUGUUCGAUCAACGUGCAUGAGAAUUCUUGUAAAGAGCAGAGCCCUAUCUGUGACAAACAUCGACAGAACAUCAGGGUUCCCCAGCGCAGCCAGGAGACGGGAUCCAUGACCAAUCUCCACACCCAGGACAAACAGCUGACCACAGCUACUGCGUAUUCGGGCCUGCGACCCACGCAGUCUUUUAAGGAGAGGAGUCCAUCCACAGGUGUGCCGCUGCGGAAUCAGGUAACAUCGUCCCCGCCAGGUGUCUCUGCUCCCCUCUCUGCUAUCCCUGACUCGUCCGAGCCCGACGAUAACCAGGGAGAUCGCCACCAUGCAGCUCUACACAGAAGAAGUUUACCAAAUGCAAGUUACUCUGUGUCACCACAAUACCAGAGGCCCGGGUAUCAACACUGGCGCCGCGCCAGGGAGAAGCUUAUGGGCAUUGACAAAGCUAUUCAUGAGGAAACAGAACAGGAGCGCCUGCCCCCAGGGCAAGAUCCUGGCCCACAGAUAGGGUUAUCAAGUGCAAACUCUAAUUCGUUGGAAAGCUUGGAUGAUGUGGAUGCUGCUCUAGAAGUUACUUCUCAUAUUGACGAAGAAUUACGAAACCUGAGUACCGUGGAACCGGAGACUUGGAGCGAGACUCUGGAGAAAAAGAAAAGGAAACAUUUCAACUCUCAAGAGAUAAAGCGACAGGACACAAUAUGGGAGCUUAUUCAAACAGAAAGGCACCAUUGCAGGACUCUCAAAAUUCUACAAAGGGUUUACGGUCAGGGAAUCCUGAAAGAUCUCGGCAUGUCACAAGCCGUCGUUGAGCGACUCUUCCCUAAACUGGAUGACCUAAUCGAGCUCCAUAUGAACUUCUUGAGGAAUCUACAAGAUCUACAAAAGCGUAACCCUGACCGCUCGGUCGAGAAGAUCGGAGACACGCUGGUCAACCAGUUUUCUGGAGAAUCAGCAGAGAGAAUGAAAUGUGCGUACGGAGCAUUCUGCUGCGGACACAAGGAGUCCGUGUCUUAUUACAAGGACCUACUGGUCAAAGACCGGAAAUUCCACAACUUUGUCAAGAAGUGCAAUAACGACAGCUUGCUACUACAGAAGCGAGAGAUUCCAGACUUUGUUCUACUAGUCACCCAGAGACCGUCCAAGUACCUAGGACUCCUGGAUACAUUGAUCAAAAGAACAACAGUCAAAGAGGAGAGACAGAACAUCAGUCGCUCAUUACAGCUCAGUAAGGAAUUAUUACAGAGCAUUGACGACAGGGUCCAUGAGCAGGAGAGGAUACAGCGGUUACGGGAAAUCUACGAGGGCUUCGACCCGCGGGCGACCACACUAUAUAAGGGCAGAAAGUUCAAGAAAUCAGACAUAUCUACUCAUGGAAGGAAGUUAGUGAAAGAGGGAACAAUCGGUUACAAAAGUGCUAGAGGAAAAGUUGCAGAAGCCACCAUGGUUGUUCUGACAGAUCUCAUCUUCUUCAUGCAGGAACAGAACGGGAAAUAUACUUUUUUCUCACAAGAUAACAAGUCAUGUGCAAUACCCCUGUUUGAGUUGCUAGUUCGUGAGAAGAGCGACACAAAAGAAAGUAAAGGGAUCUACUUAAUCAGUCAAAAUAAGGAUAAUCCCGAGAUGUAUGAGAUAGUUUGUAACACUAACAGUGAGAGAGAGGCUUGGAUACGUGAGAUAAGGGCCGCCUCAGAAAAAUGUCCGCCGGAGGACGAAAUCCAGCCCCAGGAAAGUGAUGAGGAAGAGAGGAGACAGAUGAUGGAGCGAUCCAACAAGAUCCGGGAAAUCAUAGAGUUACUACACCGGAAGGACGAAGAGAUGAAAACAGUGUGUGAUCACAAGAACCAGCUGGUGACGGAGCUCCUGGACAUCUACAACAUGCGAGACCUCUCUAAGCGGCCAGACUCUAUGGGGUCAGAUGAGGGAGCGGAACAAUUGGACGCUAUACAGACCGCCAUACAACAAGCUACUGUAACGGCCUCCAACCUGACCAACAUGUUGGGGGGAGGUUCCGGACCUAACCAGCUGAUGCGACACGUCAGCAGUGUGGGUGAGCACGUCAGCUCCUCCUUCACUGUCACCCCCAUAGCCAAGCGGGCUGAGACCUUCGCUGGGUUUGAUACCACGUUUGAAUUAUCCAAAGGAGACAACAGCAGGAAGAGGCAGGGUGGUCACCUAAUGGACAUUGAGGGUCAACAAUUGGAUAGUGACUCCGAGCUCUCCUACGACCAGCAAUCCUUGGUGUACAAUGAUUCUAACGACUCCAGUAGUGUUAACUAUGACAGCCAGAGUACAACCGGCUCUGUGAUGGAGGCCUACCCCUUCCAACUCCCCAUCUACCUGGCCGGCGAUCACAUGCGUCAGCUUUCAACCUCCCUUAACAACAUUGUGCAUUUAACGUCCAAGUACGGAACUGAGGUUGAAUCCUUGAAAGCUCAGCUGGCAGAGGCAAAUGAGAGAAUCAACAAGCUGUCGGCAGAUGUGAACGAGAAGCGAGGGGGGUCGUACAAGCACCACACACUGGAGGAACUCCGUAACAUCCAGGAGCAGGUCCAGAGAGAGAAGGCGGUGAUGGCGCUACAGCGGGAGAAGGAGCUGAGGGAUGUUAGCUUUGAGAGAGCUGUCCUGGAGGAGCAGCGCAAGCAGCUGGAGAAAGACCAGGCUGACCUAGCUGCCAAGAAAGAUGAGUUGAAGCGACAGAAGGAAGCUUUCCAGAGACAGAUAGACUUGUGGCAGCAGGAGAAGAUGUCUCAUCGAGAUUCUCCCAUAGAGAAGACUAUCAGUGCUCCGGGGAUGGUUGCACUCAGAGACAAAGACAGUUUGGAGGGUACUAGCUCUACAGACCCCAAGCCCAUGUCGUACCCAGACUCCCCCAAUCAGAACUCUCACCGACGCUCGGCCAGCGCCGACUUCUGUUCCACCAUAGAGAGCGAUCUCGAGAGACUGAGGUCGGGUCACGUCAAGACUCGGCGUGAGCUGCCCCUCAGGCCUGACCAGACCAGGGGGUCAGGGAUCCCCAACACACCCAGCUUCUCCUCAAGUGUGUCCAGUAAGUUGGCUGGAAACAAAAACCAGCAACUGCCACUCCAUUUGUAUAGUGCUAAGAAUGAACAUAAGAAGUCGGCCUCCCCCUCCCAGCUCUCUCAGUCUGUAGGAAGUGGUAAAGGAGUCCAGCAGGUGCUGCCAUUCAAACUAGCGGACACCACGGGAGGGAAAUCCUCCACCCAAGCCGGCCCCCCGCCUAUGUCCGGGAGUCAGAGUGUGUCCAAUCUCUACAAAUCUAACCGACCGCAGCACCAGAAGUCCUCGUCUUCCUCCUCUCUGCUGGGGGGAGUGUUAAAGCUGGCCGAGCCCGGCGGGAAGGGGAAGUCUCCCAACAACAACGCUGAUGCCAAAGGUCAAGCUCAGGAAAACUCUGGACAGCAGAAGAACGGCAGUGGAAUCUUCUACAUGUAAUUAAUCAGAGAACUCAACAUGUGCCAUAAAUUGCCAGACUGUAAAGAAUAAAGGAGGACAGGGGACUGAGGAAGUGUCAAAGCCGGAGCUACAUGUAGCUGAAUGGACAAAGACCGACGAACUCUCUCUCUCUCAGGAAUGUCACACAUCAUGUCAUCCCAGUUUUGAUGAUGUCUGUGUGGAUGGGCGAUUCUGUGCUGAAGCCAAAGACUUGCUUAAUUACUGAAAUAGGACACUCGUAUACAUAAUACAUAUUGUGUAGGACAGACAUGAUUCAUCCCGUUACACAGUCCUGUCAGGUGGCACAAAAAAAAGACUUACACUGUAGUCAUGUUUGUGAUAAAGUAGUCGGAGAAACCAAGUAAAAACCUAGCUUCUGAUAUAACCGGCCUCCCUGAUUAGACUUGUGAUGGAUAUUUCAUGUCGCGGCAGGAAUCUGUAACAAUUCUUGUGUUUACAACAAGUGCUGGUUCACUUGGAGAUCUGAGAUACACCUCACAUUUCAUUAUUGGACUUCCUUCCAGCAGUAGUUUUAAUCCAGACAUUUUAUUUGUAAGAGGUCAUUGUUAUAAGAAACCAUGGGAGUGAUACAUGUGUGCAGAAACUGUACUGUAUUUAUUAAUUCUUUUGUUAACAUGUGUGUUAGGAAAACAAAUUGUUUUUUACCAAACAAAAAAAAAAAAAGAUUUGUGAAGGUAGACAAUAGAGGACUGUAUGUGUAUAUUGGCUGUUUUUAGUUUGUUGACCUGUAUCAACUGUUCUUAUCUGUGUUAGGGUGAACGGUUUGGCCACUUGUUUAGUCUGCAGGCUACGGAGACUGUGGACUUUAUAGACCAGGACUGACUUUGGACUCGACCCCCAGGGUGACAAUCUUUUUACUGGCUUGACUGUUAACUGGUCACUUCUUUUGGUCAGGUGACUUUUUAUCAUCAGGAAACUUGAUUCCUUACCGAACAUUCCCAGAAGAAAAAGAGAUAACCUUUAUUUUUAUGAGUUUAAUUUUUUAUAGUCAUUUUUUGCCAAAUUAAAGGAGAACUUUUAACCUGUUUUUUUAUACCAACAUGUGGCCCUCACUUUGUUACUAAAUAUAGACAUUCAUAUUUUGUGGCUCUGUUAUAUCAUGUUUUCAUUCAUUUUGUCGAUGCCAAGCUAUUACACUUACGUGUCACGGAUCAACUGCUGAAUAACCCUGUGUGGUUGCAAGGAGCUGCGUGAUACAAAACCAGUCAUGCGUGACCGCUGCUGACUCCUUAUAAUGCCCCCGUAUUUAUUGUAUUCAGAUUGUAGACACAUUUAUACACUUAUGACACCACAGGUUGAAGAUUUGACGAAGGAUAUCAGACUUGGGCAGCUGGCCUGCUAUAUUUUACUUUAGUUAUGGGAAAAUCUCUUUGAAAAAAGGAAUUUGUGAUCUGAUGAAAAAUUGGACUUUUAAUGAAAUGAAGGCUGAUUUCUGCAUGGAUAGAAUACUACCAAGAGAACAGGUGUUAGCAUUUUAUUGACUUUUAUUGUUUGCCUGUCAUCUUCCCCUCAUUUGCUACAUUUGUAAUUAAUGAUUGUUUUCGACUUUGUUAAAUAUAUAUAUAUAUUUCUAAUGUCUGGUACACUUUCGUGGGGAUAACAGAGUGUUAUCCCUGUAAUGUCAAAUAGGAUUGACCCAGGCUGGGAUAAAUGGUCUGAGAACUUAUCCCUCGGGAUCAGUCUCCGCUCAUUGCUUGGACUCUGGGAUUUUUUUUCGUGUGUCCUUAGAGACGCUGCAUGGAACUUGUUAUAAUGUAAUACUUUUACAUUUUAUCAUAAUUAACAAAAUUGCCAUUAAUGGUUUUAAUAAAAAAAAAUUACAAAG